UAGGAAAUGGCAAAUAAACUUUAUUUUACAGGAAAAAAAUACCAAAGGUUGUUUACUGUCGUUUGAAUAUCAAGCAUAAAACUAUGUCUUAAAUAGACAAUAAAAGAUUCCUGCAACUCUAAACCUUAUUACUGGGUGUGAAAGUGCCAGGGUGAUAAAGAUGUUGCAUGGUUUAUUGAAUUGUUGAUGUUAAUGCCGAGAAAAGUGGUUUUUAAAAGACGUAAAAAACAAGAUAGUAAAAUGGCUGAAGGACAAGAUUUAACGAAUGGUGAAAUCUUCCGCGUAGAAGAGAGGCCAGAGCAUGGAAUGAAGAUACUACAAGGAUUAAACAAACUAAAGAAUGAUAAGAUUCUGUGUGAUGUUAUACUCAUAGCUGAAAAUAAUAAAUUUGAAGUUCAUAGAGUUAUACUGGUAUCAUGUUCAGAUUAUUUUCGAUCUAUGUUUACCAGUGGUAUGAGAGAGAGUAAACAGAAAGAAAUAGAACUAAAGGGAAUAACUGCAAAAGGUCUGGAAAAGGUCAUUGAGGUCAUUUAUACUUCAACAACCACACUUGAAGGUGACGACAUAUUCGAUGUGAUAGCAGCCGCAACUCAUCUUCAAGUGACACCAGUUAUAGAAUUCUGUGAGCGAAACUUCCUGAGUGGAAUGACAACCUCUAAUUUCUAUGAUUUUAUCAAUACGGCUAAACUUUAUAGUAUGAACAAUGCACUCAAGCAGAUAGAUGUUUUUAUAGCCAAGAAUCUGAUGCAGAUAGCAAAAGAAGGCACACUCCAUCUCUUAACCUACGAACAAAUGAACAAUUGUUUAAAUAGUGAAAAGUUGUUUUUACGUGAAAUAGAUAUUUUUCAUAUAACAUGGGAAUGGUUGCGACAAGACGCUAAUCAAGAGGAGCACGCAUGGCCCUUGAUGAAAUUAAUACGUUUCCCAUUAAUAAACCCAUCAGACUUGGUGCAACAUGUGCAGCGUGUUGAAACGAUGAUGUCAAACCCUGAUUUAAGACAGAUGGUUUUAGGAGCUUUAAAUUAUCACGUAGUUCCUCAUUCCCAACCCUUUACAACCUCCAGUAGUGUCCAGUUACGAUCAUAUGUUGAACGUUUAAUAAGUGUCGGGGGUCGGGAGAUACACCCCAACCCGUGUCUACACGAUGAAAUUAUUGUGUUUGAUUCUAAAGUGACUUCGAACAGUUUGUUAAACAGACAGGAAAUAGCAACAUUACCCAGUGCUUUGAGUCACAUGCAGGUGGUUGUUUAUAACAACUUCCUGUACGUACUCGGUGGGUGUACGACACAGUGUGCACAUGGAGAAUCGGCCGUUAAUUCUGUUUUACGUUAUGAUCCACGAUUUGACAGCUGGUAUCAAGUAUGUCCCAUGUUAAACAAAAGGGCAUAUUUCUUUGCAGGGGCAUUAAAUAAUAAGAUAUAUGCUGUUGGCGGAAAGUUUAAGGAUGGUAGCUUGGCAACAGCAGAGUGCUAUGACCCAGCCGAGAACACAUGGGAGUUGAUUACAGCCAUGCCGAUGUCUUAUCAUGCCCAUGCGGGUGCCGUGUUUGAGCGAUAUAUCUAUAUAUCGGGAGGUUAUAGCGGUAAUCAUUUUACACCAGACAUGCAGAGAUAUGACCCACAGACUAAUCAGUGGGAAGACAUGGCCCCCAUGUUGACCCCAAGAGGUUGGCAUGUGAUGUGUGCGGCGCAGGAUAAGUUGUUUGUAUUUGGGGGUUGUAACUUGAAUGUUAAUCAGCAAGCGCAGCCAGUAAUGCAGUCUGAGUGCUAUCACCCUGCCAUGGAUCAAUGGACGAUAAUAGCGCCACUAUCUAUAUCUCACAAAGAGGCUUCGUGUGUGGUUUAUAAUGAUCAAAUUUAUGUGCUAGGUGGUUAUAAUGUACAGACAAAAACCGGACAAAAACUUGUAUCAAAGUAUGAUAUAUAUAGUGGUAUCUGGGAGACGGUGGGGGCAUUACCUCGUAGUCUCACAGGUGUAGGCUAUUGUACACUAAAACUGCCCUGUUAUAAUGUAGAUGAAGAUUGACCUUAAAUGUAUAUAUUAACCCCCCCUCCCUAAUGCAAUGUGUCUUCACUAUAGCAUGGUUGACUAAAAGACAGCUUGCAGUAUAUAGUGGGUGUUGACAUGGCUUCCACCAUAGUAAUCUCCAGAGCCUUAUCCAAAACAGGCCUACGACUUUGCUUUAGUCAAUCGGAUGCCCCCAAAAUCAGUGCUAUAGUGAAGCCCUAAUGUAUAUCUGGACUUAUUUAAUAUAUUGUAUAUAAUUUAUGUAGAGAUAAAUUCACUCAUACAAUUAGGCUUUAUAACUAUUUAAACCCAAAGCUCUUGAUACAUGUACAGUAUUGUGAAAUGUAUAAUACAUUUAAGUGUAAUGUCAAAACAGAUUCACAGAAAGUUAAAGUAUUUGAUUCUACUGUGCAAUGGCAACAUAAUUUACUUUGUUUGCCCUAGUGAAGUCCAUGUACAACACAGUUACAGAGUUAGAUUGGCCUUUAGGACGACAGUUCUACAUGUACAUGUAAAUCUACAUGUUUGUCAUUUGCUAACUAAUUGUAGUAGGUCAGUUUAAUGAGUUCUGGUGGUUUUCAUUGAUAUUAUUAGUUUGUUUUGAUAAGAUGUGAUCUAUUUAUUUUGUUGUUAGCCUGCCUUUCCACUAUUAGAUUUUUAGGAUCCUGCUGGACUACAUGUAGAGCACUACACUAAAACCAAUUGUAACAUGGAUGGGAAAUCUUCCUUUGUUGUUUUCGUUGAAUAAGCAGAUUAUUUUCCCUCUAGUAGAUUGGGUGGAGCUUAACCGUGCAAUACAUGUAACCAGACAUGUUCAAUGUUAUUGCACUCUUUUGCUGGUCUACACUAGUUUUAGUAGAAAUCAUAUAGAGAAGUGGGGUGGGUUUUCUGUGCAAUAACAACAAGCAUGUUGAGCAGGUGUCAAUGUUACAAGUCCUUUAUAGCAUGCUUCAUUCGUUAAUAGGUUUAACAUCUCAGGUGGGGGGUGGAUGUCUGAAUGGUUAGCGUGCGCGCGCUGCAUCAUAAAGUCUGUCAUUGAGUCGACUGGCGUGGUUUCGAAUCCCUGGUUGUACGUGACAAGGAGUAGGGUCGCCUGUCCAACCUAGUGGGUUUUCUCCAGGUCCUCCGGUUUCCUCCCACUGCUAAAGACCCCUACGCGCAAGCUAAUUAUUGAAGUAAAAUUAAACCAUAUGUUAGUCCUGAAAUGACCUAGUUUGUGUCGAGUGGACGUUUUACCCCAUUUCUCUCUCUCUCUCUCUCUUAACAUCUCAGCCUACGGCCUCGAUGUUUAAACCUGUUAACUCAUGAAAGCCGUGCUAUAAAUAUAACGUGAUACCAAGAGAAUUUUGUUAAUUUGAUCUCACCUGAUACUUAUAACAUGUAAAAGUCCUACAAUGAAAUACAUCAUAACAUCAAACAUGUAUUAUAUAAUUUUAUGUUGUAUAUGGUCAGAAGUUAUUAGACAUGUCUUUCCUCGUAUUAAAUGUUAGUGACUAGGAAAAUGUGAUGUGAAUCUGAUAAUAAAAUUAAUUUGUCUUAACAUUACACCAAGCGAGUAUGGUCUUUUGAAAUUUAUUAUUGCUUUCUCUUAUGCAUGAAUCAAAUAUGUAUCAUUUUUGUUCAUCUUCUUAGACCAUUUACUGUCUGAUACCUUGACUGCAUCAGCCGCCUUUGUGUAACACAAAUUAUCGGAAUGUACAUGUAGCUUGUUAAUGAUGUACUGGAUAACUAAGGCUUCUUUCUCUACUUUCACUUAAUUCUGAUAUUUCAAAACUUUAAAAUAUUUCUUUAUGACAAAGUUAGCCAAUAUAUAGAUAUGUGAACUUGGUACAUGUAUUGUGAAAAUGAAAAAAAAACUGAAAAGAUUUUGACAGUACAUGUUGGUCUGUGCUGAAAUGUUGGUAGUUGCAAGACGUUGUUUAUGCUAGUAACCUCCACCAAUAUUUGAACUAUAUGAAUAGGCCUAAUACAGGAUUAAACAGUCAUUAUCACUUUGCCUUAAAUUUUAUAUCGUUUUUAUAUAGCCUAUGCUCAAUUUAAGCUUAUCAAAAAUCUAAGCACUGUCAUGCAAUUGAGGUACAUGUACAUGUAUGCCGAUUUUAUAUUAGUUACUGCUCAGUUUUAUUUAACUAAUAGGAGAGCUGCAUCUUGAUUAUUGUUCAGUGGAUUUUACUCUAAUUUUGCACACAAUCUAACCACAUUGUCAAUAAAUAAAUUUCAAAAGUGAGGGAGGGCUCCUCUUUAAAGAAAGUUUACAUGACAUAUAUUCAUUUUGGAGAUUAUUUGUACAGUAUGCUUUUAGAUGUCAGCUCUUCAUAAAACAGUCUCCGUCCAAAUAUUUUAGGAUAUUCUCAAAAAAAAUUGUCAUCACCUCUUGUAGUCUAUCACAAGUUUUGUUCAUGACUGAUGAAUUAUACAACAAAAAUAAAUAUAUUUACGCCACUCACCAGUUCCAUUAUAAAACAGUUGGUGAAUUAAUAGCUUCUUAUUAUGAUCCUUUAAUGUACAGAUAUUUUUUCUGACAUCCAGGUCAGCCAUGUUACUGGUAACCAGAAACAAUGGAUUUCCAUGAAUAGUAGUACUCUAAUCUCUACAGGUUGUUUAUCAUCUCCAUUAAACUGUAUAUUAUACACAUCUUCGGUUGCAUACAUGUAGGUCACAUAUUUUCUCCUCCUAUAUUCCUUUAAUUUUAAACAUUUGAUCCUGAAGUCAAUAUUUUGGUUAUAGCAGUACAAAUGUAACUUCAAAGAAAGUGUUGUAGAUCUGCCUCUGUAUUUUUUUCUACUAAACUUAAAAAAUUAGCUGUACCUUCAGGAAGCUUAACUUGUACUAACUUUAAACAUUAUUUUUGUUGAGAUUUCCAGACAAAAACAAUAACUGACUUAUUCAAUCAAAUCUCCUCUCACCCUUUCAGAAAUCAUGCCUACUGCAAGGGUCAAGAUUGAGUUGGAGUUUGGAUAGCUUAUGUUUAGCUUAUAUUUUUUCAUUCACAAUUUCAGCAGAAUUGAUGUAAAAAGUAUGAGUCAUCUAAUAUUAAAGGCAGAACACUGACCCCUACUUCACACCUUAUUCCAGAUACUUUGAUUCUUGUCUGAUAUGACAUACUGUAUUCUCUUUCAAAUCCUUAAAGAUGCAUUAAUUAAGAAUUAGAUAAAGAGCUAGACGUUCUUGCUAUAAUAGUUCAAACAUAGAUACAUGUAAUGAAAAAUGAAUAUAUUAAAAAUUUCAUUCAAAUUACUUUAUUCUGAACGGAGUAAUGACUGUUUGAGGACAGCUUAGAUAAUUCAUUAUCGUAGCAAAGGUACUCAUCAACCAAGACUUUACCUCAGUUGUCCAUUUUAUCAUUAAAUUUUUAAAUCUCAUGGAUGUUAAUUCCAUGCGAAGAUCUAGAUCAGUAGAAAGUUGAUUAUAGGCUUGUCAUGUUAAUAAAUGUCUACUUAAACAUACAUUAUGCAGGUCUUUCUUUAGGCCCAAAAUGUUAUAUAAACUAUUAAUUAGACAUUAAUUAACUUAUCCAAACCAUAAUCAACUCUUAAUGUCAUCUUAUGUGCCAGAUUUGAAUCCGAUCUGCUGCUCAACGCUCAUUGAUGAUUAAAUCUGAAAAUGGAUAAUCGAGACUAUGUUUUUUAUCGUUAAUAUCUUGGUUCAGAGUGGAGAAAUUUGACUGAAAUUUUCAACAUAUUCUAUUUACGUUUAUAUUUUUUAACUAUUAUAGCAAGAACUGUCAACUCUUUAACUAAUCUCCCAUACUGCCUCUUUAAUAAUUUAUAUAACAUUGGAAGCCAAAACAAAGACCUGCAAUAGGCAGAUUUAGCUCUUACAUAAUGCAUCUUUAAGUGUCUACUGAUAGAAAUAGUCACACAAACUUUUCUUUAGGAUACAGGAUUUGAGAAGAGAUUUCAUAAUGUGAUAUUGCAAGUGGAAAGGGAAUAUUUUAUACAUAUUUAUAACUAAUAUGAGAUUAGUAGAUUUUGAAAAUUUUAAUUCCUUUUGAAGCGGAUACUUGUAGUAAAUAUUUGCUUCAGCCUGUUUAUCAGCACUCCUUAUUUAUUAUCAUUAUAGUUGUGUAUUUUGCUAGCUUUCAUUAUUUUUUAAUAGAUUCAGUUGUUUCAGAAUUCCAGUUUAGAAUGUUGAUAUUCUCUGAAAAAAUAUUUCCCAGAAAAAUCUCCUUUGUCUUGUGUGACUAAUAUAUUUUUGUGUUCCUUGAUUUUUAUAUGUUGAUUAGAAACCGAUUUUUUUUGUGUGAGACUUUGUUGUAUAUUUAUCUGUUUGAGAAAAUUAUUGACUUUUCAGAAUCAAGAUAUGCACCAUAGACCAUAUAAUGUACUGAUAAGUCUUUUAUACAGCCCAUCUAGAAUUAUUAUGAAAAUAUAGUCUGAAGAAAGACUGGAUAAAAUGCAAUUUCAAUUAUUUAAUGAAUAAAUAUCUUGUUCAUGAUAUGCAAUACUCUAUAUGAAAAGUUAAACAGUAGUUCUUUUUGUUAUCAUUGACAGGAAAUUUGCGACCAGUCAGAUCAAGCAUUUAAGUAUAGUUGUUUAUUGGCUUAUCUCUAUAUUAUAAGUAAAUAUUCUUUCUUGAUUGCAAAAUAGAACUGCUUGGUUGAAAGAUAUGGAUUAAUACCAUGCUAAUGAAAUCAAAGCCGACUUCAAGAUUAUAUUUUAUAUUCAUGGCUGGAUACAUUAAAGCCUCUGUAUUUUGUCAGACAGUCAAGACUAGAGUAUGUUAAUUUGUUAUACUUUUAUAGUACUUUUUGAUACUUCAAAUUUGUGAAGAUAGAAAUUAAUCAAGCAGUCCUAUAGGUCAUACAGUCUGAUUAAAAUACAAAUUUAAAUUUUGUACAAGUUUUUUUUUCUAAUACUUUCGAUAGCUGUUCCUGUGAGGGAGGUAAUGUUGGGGUUAUUGGGGACUUUGGUUUGAUGGUCUUGAUUUAUUUAUACUAUUCAUUCUGUGCACACACCUUAUAUAGCUCGACUAAUCGGACCAAUGCAUUGGAUUACCUCCCCUCCCUCCAGCAUCAACAAAAAUUUAAACUAUAAAAAGCUAAUCAAAAUAGUACCUGUAUUUUAAUCAGUUUGUAGACCACAUCUAGGCACAUGAGACAGUUAUAUGUAUGCAUACUACAUUGUUCUUUCUAUAUUAUAUACUCCUAGCAGUUGAUCAUGAUGUGAACUGUUUCAGCUAUUGUCAAAAAAUUACCCAAAUAAAAUAUCCAUGAAAUGAACACUAAUAAUUGCAGUUAGUUAAGACAGUUUUAGAGUCGAAGAAGAUCUAUAAAUAAGGUAUUUGAAAAUUUACCUUUAUUUCUCAAUACGCACCGCUUUGAAAAGAUUAAGUAUGCGUAGAUGGAGUUGUCCUCCAUUAUGAGAAUCGUUGCUGUGUUUUAUUAGAGCUAUGUAAGAUAUGCAUGUUGAUUUAUAUUGUAUGUAUAGUAAGCUAUUAAACACAUGCUGCUUAGUGAAAUAUACAUAUAAAACAAGUGAUUUUAUUUUAGUACAGUAUGCACAACUAUAACUAUGUAAUUAUUAGUAAAUAUUUGCCAUUUUCA